AUGGCUCAUGAUAUCCCCAAAUCCUGUGCAGGUCGACGUCCUGUGUGGUUAGUCAUCGGGGCAUCGUCGGGAAUCGGUCAGGAAAUCGCCAUGCAGGCUCAGUCGCAUGCCACUGUCAUCGCAGCGGGAAGGGAUAAAUCCAGGCUACAGACGGUGGCCACAGCUGGCUGCCAGAUCCUAGAGUUAGAUUUGACUAGUUCUUCUGCUGUGAUUCAAGAAGCUCUCGCCCCGUUGAUCCUGCAACACGGGUUUAUCGACGCCAUCAUCAACGUGGCCGGGUAUCUCUUGGAAGGGGCAGUCGAAGAGGCCAGUGAUGAAGAGACGCAACAUAUUUUCGAAACCCAUGUCUUCGGACCACUACGCCUGACCCGCGCUAUCCUCCCCUCAAUGAGAUCUGCCCACAAAGGCACAAUUGCCCACGUGUCCGGUAUUGGCAGUCUCCAAGGCGCAGCUAACGCCGGUAUCUUCUGCGCCUCCAAGGCCGCUCUCUCAAUGGCAGUCGAGGCCUUGCAGAAGGAGGUUGAUCCCCUAGGGAUUCAUGUCUCCCUGGUGCAGCUGGGUCACUUCCGCACCCCGUUUCUCUCGGCCGGGCAUCGCCGCAAAGUCGCCGGCCAUAUCAGCGAUUAUGACCCUGUGUUGAAUCCAAUUCGCGCCGCUUUCGAUUCCUUUGAUGGUUCGCAGCAGGGCGAUCCGGUCAAGGGCGCCCGGGUGAUUGUUGAUGCUGUGGCCCGCGGUGACGGCACGCUCCCUUGGCUUUUACCUGUUGGACCGGACGUCCCGGCAGCAGAGUUGCAAGCACAUGAGUCUCGUGCUAGCCAGAUGCAGGCGGUACACGCUUGGACCAGCGUAACGGAUGUGGAUGGUGAGGUAUGA